AUGGGCCCUCUACCAUCCAUUUUUUCCUCCGAAUCGAAUGAUUCAUGGAGGAAGUCUCUUGUUGCUACCUUGGGUGAAUUUGUUGGAACCUUCAUGUUUCUCUUCUUUUCCUAUGCAGGAUGCCAAAUCGCGAAUAUGUCGGUAGACCCUUACGACUCUGGAACGGAACCUAAUCCCGUUGUUCUGAUCUAUAUAUCGUUUUCCUUUGCUGCUUCUCUCGCUAUCAAUGUCUGGGUAUUCUACAGAAUCACGGGGGGGAUGUUCAACCCGGCGGUCACCUUGGCCCUUGCAUUAGUCGGAGCUAUCAGCCCUGUCCGAGCCGGAAUGGUGGCAAUUGCCCAGAUUGUUGGGGGAAUUGCUGCUGCAGGAGUCGUCUCUGCCCUCUUCCCAGGGCCUCUAGUCGUCCAAACCAAGCUUGGUGGAGGGACUACAAUCGUCCAGGGAUUGUUCAUUGAGAUGUUCCUGACUGCCGAACUCGUCAUCACAAUCCUCAUGCUAGCGUUUGUCAAGCAUCGUGCGACCUUCCUUGCUCCGCUAGGUGUUGGCCUUGCUCUUUUCAUUGCAGAGCUCAGCGGCGUCUAUUUCACCGGCGGAUCCCUUAACCCCGCCCGUUCCUUCGGUCCAGAUGUCAUUGCGGGAGCAUUCCCUGGAUACCAUUGGAUUUACUGGGUAGGACCAUUGCUUGGUUCCCUGCUGGCAACUGCAUUUUAUCAAGGCCUCAAUUUCCUACGAUACCAGACCGUUAACCCUGGUCAGGAUUUCGACGGUAUUGGAUCAGAGCUUAUGGGAAAUCCUGAGAGAGAUGACUAG